CCAAGCCCUUCCUCCCUCUCGUCUCAUCGCGCCGCACACACCACCGCCGCCCUUCUCCUCAUCGCGGCACCUGAUUGUCGACGCCGAUUCCCCCUCUUCUCUGUACCCUAGCCGUCUCCCUCCCUCUCUCAGCCUGAUGUCGCGCCACAUGCCACCGCCCGACGCCGGUUUUUCCUUUCUCCUCUCUGUGCUACCGCCGACAACCAUGACCUAAAGCUCGAAUCGCCGCACCUGAUGUCGGUUCCCGAGUGCCGCCUCUCAGAGCAAUGCCACGUUAAUCUCCAUUGCCACCCCUUCGCGUGCCGAGAGCCACUCAAACUGCCGAUGCCGAGAGCUACUCGUGCUCCACCCGAGUGCCGCCGAAGAUCCAUUUCUCCACCUCCCUCUUCCCCUCGCAUCCAUAGCCACCACUUGAUCCUCUACCCGAGCCCUAGAGUCAAGCUGAUUUCGUCGGGUUUUCCUUCGCAGCAUGAGAUUGGUUCUGUCAUUAAGGUCUUCGACUGUGAGAUAACAGAGGAGCAGCAUAUGAAGGGUAUUGGAUUUGGAAAUCAACAACUCCAUCUUGCCCCGACCGUGAUCCUCGGUAGCGAGCCCUUCUCCGGUUGUGAAUUAACAGUGAGGUCUUCUAUUCGGGACUUUGAUCCGAGAUGAGCGUCUCGAUGUGAGGUCGUUUGGCACGAUCGACAUAUAUAGGUAGCAAGUAAAGGAUUUAUGGAGUCGCCUAGAGAACCUGUCCGUCAGUUCCACGUCACAUUCGAGGACGAUAUUAUGGUUUUGGUAUACCGUACGUUAGUUGUGCUUUGGUUUUGUUUUUUUUGUUCUUGUGUUUGUGUAUCUUGUAUUUAGUAUGAUUUUAUUGUGUCAAGUCGAGUCGGCUCACAGUUAGUUGCUUUGUGUAUUGUGAUCGUUGUUUGUGAUUUCCGAUGUGAUGGUUUUUAGUACACCCGUGUGGGCUGAUUAAUAUAUUUAUAUAACUGCGUGGUUGUGUUUA